AUGACAAACUGCACGCUUAAAUUGGUAGCGCUAGAUGAUGGUAUGCGGCAGAAAUGCAGCGCUAACAAUGAGAAGACUUGUGCUUUUGAAAGCGUAUUGCGAGUGCAUGAAAGAGGCAGAAGUGCAUGCGUUGGCGGUGAACUGUUGGCAACCGUUCUUGUUUACUUCCAGUUAGCAAACCUGAGUCUGUAUCCUCCAACUUAG